GUCUCCAUGGCUUGGGUGCACUUGUAGAGGAGCUCGUUGACGGCGUUGAUGAUAUCAUCGAUGAGCGCGAGGGGAGGGAACCCCAAGUGCUCAGUGAGGAGGGACGUGACCCUGUGGUCGAUAGAAGCCAUGGUGGUGUAAACAAAUGGAGAUAGCGUGGAGAUUAUGGGUGGAUCACGUGGUGAGAUGGCUUCUUUCACGUGUUUGAAGAAACUGUUUCACGUGUAUUUGUAUUUGUAUUCACUUGCAUAUGGUCACGUGAUAACACUUCCAAGGAGUGAAGUACAGCUGUCUGGCCUGCUGUUGCCUUACCACGCUUCCAGGCCGGCCACCCGCUCCGUGCCGCUGUUCUACCCGCUCUUACACCUUUCCAUCUCCCCUUCCCUCUUCCACGUCCUCCCCUUCCAUUCCUCACCUCUCACCAACAUGUCGCGCCCAAUCAAAAAAUUCCAAUUCUUCAUCACAUUUCUCCAGCACUAUCACCACCAUGGCAGGAACUUUAAGACCAGACGCCGAAUUCCAGCGCUUCAACACCGCCAAAGAAAAGCUCGGCCACUACUUCAGAUUCAAGCCAAGAGCCGCUCUUUUCAACGUGGUUUUCAUGGGGUUGGUUCCAUUUGGAUUGGCCACCUACGCAUACAACUCCGAGGGCCAGUUGAGUUUCAACAGAAGAUUCAGAAAGGACACCGUGUUGAGUGGUGAGGAGUACACUCCAAGAGACAAGGACUUGUGAGUGGGAGCUGAGGUGGAAAGCACGGCCAGGGAGCAGUAAAGUGCAGUUGGCAGAAGCCAACAGCGCAAUCCCUGGAAACACCCAUACUGCAAUGCUGAUACAGGCACUGUGGGAACGUCAGGAUGGUAGCCACAGUGGUAGCCAUGACCCGGCGACCUGCCAGGGCAAUAGCCCUGGCAAUCAUUUAUAUUAAUACAUGCAUAGUCUGACAAGCGUAGAUGGAGAUGAGCGUGGCUAUUCAGCUGCAGAGAACGUACUCUGACAAAGUUAGGUAGAAGGAUGAGCGUGGCCACACAGACUGUUGUUUUAAGAAGACUUCCAGCAGUUAGCUAAUUUAUACUCAUUUUAUACUAGUAUUCAAUCUCAAAUCUGC